UUAGGUAUUUUGUGAUAUACGGAAGCAAGCUCCCUCAGGGCAACCAUCUUGAAAGAGACAUGUCGAAAUUCUUUUCAACGCUCUCGCAUGCCAUUUUCUGAGAUAUCAUUCCCAAUGGCUCUAUUUGCGCUCUCCGGCUUAGCUAAUCUCGUGAUGCUGCCCAGGUGCCGCUCAACCGGAGAUCCCCCACCGUCUUUAAACUUCUACAACUACACAACAUCGAUAUCAACCCCACCAUGUCCAACACGAAGCUCAAAGCAGCCAUUCUCGUUGUCUCGCAAACCGCAUCUCAGGACCCAACAACAGAUAAAUGCAUUCCCGUCCUCAAACAGCUAUUCCAAGAGCUAGGAAACGACCAAUGGGAGGUCGCCAUCUCGGAGAUCGUACCUGAUAGCAUCCUGGACAUUCAAAAGUUCAUACGCACAUGGACAGACCGCGAAGAUGCUGUUAAUCUGAUUGUGACGGGCGGCGGAACGGGAUUCGCGGUUAAGGAUGUUACGCCUGAGGCUGUGGCUCCAUUGUUGGAUAAGGAGGCACCAGGGCUUGUGCAUGGCAUGUUGGCUGCGUCUUUAUCCGUCACGCCUUUUGCCAUGAUGGCGAGACCAGUUGCGGGUCUGCGCAAGAAGACUCUCAUUCUCACUCUUCCGGGAUCUCCCAAGGGCGCAAAAGAGAACCUGGAAGCCGUCUUAAAGUUACUGCCUCAUGCCUGUGCUCAAGCUGCCGGUGCUGAGUCGCGGCCGCUACAUGCUGGCGGCGUGAAGAAGCUUGAACAAGAGGCUGGCGUCAGCUCAGCAGCUGAACAUGCAGGCGGAACAGGAAGUCAUCACCAUCAUCAUCAUCACCAUCAUGGGCAUGGUCAUUCUCACGGUCAUGGCGGUCACGCCACCCCUAGGGCGCACACCAAACCAGAGGAGAGGCCUCAAUCAAAUGAUCCGAGUGCAGGGCCCACCCGCAGACAUCGGUCAUCUCCCUAUCCAAUGCUGCCAGUAACGGAAGCCCUCGAACUAAUCGCACAGCACACCCCUGCUCCUGCUGUUACUAAAGUUCCAGUGGACCUGAACCUAGGCGGGGCUGUUCUAGCUGAAGACGUGAAAGCUACCGAAUCUGUGCCAGCAUUCCGUGCAAGUAUCGUAGACGGCUAUGCGGUCAAGAUACCCAAGGACGGCAAGUUCGCCAAAGGUGUAUAUCCCGUUGCAAUCGUAUCGCACGCACAACCUGGUGAGGUACCAGAACUCAAAGAGAAUGAGAUUGCGAGAAUUACCACUGGUGCACCAUUGCCUCCUGGGGCGGAUGCAGUAAUCAUGGUCGAGGACACCGUCCUGAGAGAAAUGACCGAAGACGGGAAAGAAGAAAAGCUGGUCGAGAUCCUUACUGGUGCAGUCAAGCCUGGAGAAAACGUCCGUGAAGUCGGCAGUGACGUGAAGCAGGGGGACACCAUCAUGAAAAAGGGUGAAGGGAUCACUGUCAUCGGUGGUGAAUUUGGGCUGCUCGCAUCAGUUGGCACGGCUGAGGUCUCGGUGUACCAGAAACCCAUAGUUGGCGUGCUAAGCACCGGUGACGAGAUUAUCCAGCACGACCGAGCAGGAGCACUAAGGCUGGGAGAAGUGCGAGACACCAAUAGGCCCACGCUGCUUACGGCUGUGCGCAACCACAGAUAUGAAGCCGUGGACUUGGGAGUCGUAUCCGACAAGCCUGGGGCUCUGGAGCAGACACUUCGCGAUGCCCUUCGCAAAGUCGAUGUGAUAAUAACAAGCGGUGGUGUCUCAAUGGGCGAACUCGAUCUCCUCAAGCCCACCAUUGAACGCUCUCUAGGCGGAACCAUCCACUUCGGCCGCGUCAACAUGAAGCCUGGCAAGCCAACCACAUUCGCCACCAUCCCGGUGAAGAAUGAUGCUGGUGAACGCGUUACUAAAACAAUCUUCGCUCUCCCCGGUAAUCCGGCGUCCGCGGUCGUUACUUUCCACCUCUUCGUAUUGCCGUCCUUGCACCAGGCUUCUGGGAUCACCCCCCCGGGACUACCUAGGAUAAAGGUCGUGCUGGAGGAGGAUGUCAAAAUGGAUAAACAGAGGCCAGAGUAUCAUCGCGCAUUAGUGGCCAUCAAAAAAGACGGAUUGCUAUAUGCGACUAGCACUGGCGGACAGCGUAGUUCGAGAAUCGGGAGCUUCAAGGGAGCCAAUGCCUUACUGUGCAUGCCUGCCGGAGACGGCAGCCUGAAGAAAGGGGAGAAGGUGGAUGCGCUGUUGAUGGGGCAACUUGUGGGUGUGUAAGUAGGGCUGGUGUGAGUUGAGUGUGUUCGUCAAACACCGCUAUUUACGUGUCACAGACGAGACCAUCACAAUAAUUCUGUGUCACUGAGACGAAUUCGCAAAUAUCGAGACGGUGCAGCCCGCGGUCUGAGGUAUACGGAUAUAUCGCGUGCGCUAUUACCAGGUCCGGGAGAGGAGAGUAUUUAUCGGCGACUGUUACGGGAGUGACUUCGGGCGGUCCU